ACUAAUCACAUGCGUGAGCGCUGACUAAGGGAUUAUACUACGGCCGAGAGGCGUUCAUUCGUCGCUGAGGUCCUUUGGGUGCGCGUGCGCCUACGCAAAUUCCUGUAUAUUCGGCUUCAUCUUUCUAAACAUCAGGGAUGGCCGAGGCACAUCAGGCUGUAGCGUUCCAGUUCACUAUAACUGCAGAAGGUAUUGACCUGCAGCUUUCUCACGAGGCCCUGAGACAGGUUUAUCUCUCCGGACUUCGCUCAUGGAAGAAGCGCACAGUGCGUUUAAAGAAUAAUGUGAUUACAGGUGUGUAUCCUGCGAGCUUGUCCUCCUGGCUCUUUGUGGUCAUAGCGAUCCUGGCCACCAUGUACACACGCUCGGACCCGUCCAUGGGCCUCAUCGCUAAGAUCCAGGAGCACCUGCCAGUCAGCGGUUCUCUGAGUCCUCAGGGUCGGACGGUGGUCUCUGCCUUGGUGUUCAGCACACUGCUGUGGCUAUCCCUCAUCUUCACCAUGAAGCUGUGCCUGAAGCAGCUGCUCUCGUACCACCGCUGGAUGUUCGAGCAGCACGGCAACGUUUCAACCACCACCAAGAUCUGGGUGAUGCUGGUGAGGAUCUUCUCUGGCCGUCAGCCGCUGCUGUACAGCUAUCAAGGUUCUCUGCCUAACCUACCAGUACCUGCUGUCAAAGACACCAUCCAAAGGUACAUGGAGUCAGUGCGUCCCCUGAUGACCGACUCGGAGUUCAAGAGAAUGGCGACUCUAGCGAGAGAUUUUGAGCUCAGUCUCGGAAAUCGCCUCCAGUGGUACCUCAAGCUCAAGGCCUUGUGGGCCUCCAACUACGUGAGCGACUGGUGGGAGGAGUACAUCUACCUCAGAGGCCGCGGCCCCAUCAUGGUGAACAGCAACUACUAUGGCAUGGACUUUAUGUUUGUGACCCCAACUCCGAUCCAGGCUGCCAGAGCAGGGAACACACUGCACGCUCUACUCCUGUACCGUAGGAAGCUAAACAAAGAGGAACUCAAACCUAGCCGUAUACCUGGCACUUUCAUUCCUCUAUGUGCAGCUCAGUGUGAGAGGCUUUUCAACACCACACGGACCCCAGGAGUGGAAACGGACACGGUGGUGCACUGGAACGACAGCGAGCACGUGGCCGUGUACCACAGGGGGCGCUAUUUCCGUCUGUGGCUCUAUCAGGCGGGCAGGAUGCUGAGGCCCCGUGAGAUCGAACAGCAGAUCCAACGUAUCCUGGAUGAUAAGUCUGCGCCAGCGCCAGGCGAGGAGAAACUGGCAGCAUUAACUGCAGGGGACAGGAUUCCAUGGGCUGAGUCCAGGAAGAAGUUCUUCAGCUCUGGCAUCAACAAGAGAUCUCUGGACUGCAUUGAGAAAGCUGCGUUUUUCGUCACUCUGGAAGACGAGGAGCAAGGCAUGAUGGGAGACGACCCCGACGCGAGCAUGGACCGUUACGCCAAGUCUCUCCUUCACGGAAAAUGUUACGACAGGUGGUUUGAUAAGUCCUUCACCGUCGUGGUGUAUAAAAACGGGAAGAACGGCCUGAACGCCGAGCACUCCUGGGCAGACGCUCCCAUCGUCUCCCACAUGUGGGAGUAUGUCCUAACCAUGGACAGUUUUCAGUUGGGUUAUAAUCAAGAAGGACAUUGCAAAGGUGACGGUAAUCUGUCUCUGCCCCACCCAGUGCGGUUGUCCUGGAACAUCCCUUCAGAGUGUCAGGAUCGUGUCCUCCAGUCUCUCUCGGUAGCGCAGGCGCUGGCCGAGGACGUCAACUUUCACGUUUUCGCCUUCCGGGAUUUUGGCAAAGGCAGCAUUAAAAAGAUCCGCAUGAGCCCCGACGCCUUUAUUCAGUUAGCGCUGCAGCUAGCCUACUACAGGGACAGAGGGAUGUUCUGUCUGACGUACGAGGCGUCGAUGACGCGCCUGUUCCGUGAGGGCCGAACUGAAACGGUGCGCUCGUGUUCCGCUGAGAGCUGCGCCUUUGUCAAAGCGUUCCAGAACGGAGAGGCAGUGGACCAGUGCAGGCGUUUGUUUCGCGCAGCGUCUGAGAAGCAUCAGAUGCUUUACCGACUGGCCAUGACAGGAGCUGGAAUAGACCGACACCUCUUCUGCCUCUACGUCGUCUCAAAAUACCUGGGUGUGGAGUCGCCCUUCCUGAAAGAGGUGUUGUCCGAGCCGUGGCGUCUCUCCACCAGUCAGACUCCGUUCCAGCAGGUGGAGCUGUUUGACCUCGUGAAUCAUCCCGACUACAUCACCUGUGGUGGAGGAUUUGGACCUGUUGCCGACGAUGGAUACGGCGUGUCCUACAGCAUCAUUGGAGAGAAGAUCAUCAGCUUCCACGUCUCCAGCAAACGCUCGUGUGCUCAAACCGACUGCCACAGGUUCGGGAUGCAGAUCAGGACGGCGCUGUUGGAUCUUUUGCAGCUGAUGACGGACGAUAAGAAAGAAGAACCACAAAGCGAGCAGAACCACGCCAUAAAGAAAGACCAGUAGAGGGCAGAGGGAUUCAUUCAGUACAGAAGAAUUAGUCUGUGUGUUUUCCCCCAUUGAAUAUAUGCGUGUGUAUGUGUGUGUGGUAGAAUGGUGCAAGGGACCAGAGGCAGGAUAAAAUUACAGAUGCAUUAUCACGUGAUGAUGAUGAUGAUGAUGAUGAGGUGAGCCGGUUCCGUCUUAAAUGCCUUAAGUGUUCAGCAGGUAGGGAUUUAACAGCUACAUCUAGGGUCAAAUUCAGUAAGCUCCUGCAUCCCAAUUCACUUCCACUCAGUAUCGUUUUUUUUUUUUUUCUUAAGCAAAAACAACCUAUUUGAAGCAGCGUCAUAAAAAAAAAAAAAUAAAUAAGAAGGGCAUUGUAGCUUAGAGAGACGGUAGCUAUCGGAUUAAAUACUAGCUUUUUUGCGAGGGAAUGAAACCCUAGUAUACAGAUACAGUAUGCAUCCUGUUGUACUGCUACCUUUUUUAUGCUUCAUUUCAUUAUUCAUUUCAACUUUACAUUUAUUUGUUUAAAAAAAGUGUCAUCUGCCUCUUUUUAUUUAUUUAUUUCCUUUUUUUUUAAGCUUUCAGUGUAUAAAACCAUGUUGCUCAAAUGUGCAGUUAUGUAAGAGUUAGAUGUCCGUGAGGUCCAGCUAAUAUUAAAGCAGCCCAACUCAAAUCGAACCUACAUCGUUACACUUAAAGGAGCGCCAGUGCAGUAUUGCCAGCGGGCACGUGACCAAGACGAGGAAGACUUCAGAAUACCUAAAAGGAACUUUUUGUUUGUUUUGUUUUUCAGGUCAUGAACAAUUCAAACCUCACUUGCACACUGGAAUGUACAAUUCUACGUAUAUUUAAAUCUUGAAACGGAUUUUAUACUUCGGGUUCAACGUUAACACGGUGCAAUCACGAAUGAACUGGUGUUUAGGAUACAGUCGUUUUUAGAUGUCGGACCUCGCGUUCGGAUUCGAUGAGCACGUCACUCCGAACCAUUUUUACUUGAAUUCUGUUGUCUUUUUAUUUUGUUGGUGGUGGUGGUGGGUUUUGUUUUGUUUUCUUCCCCCCCACACACACUUACUUAACGUUUUAUUUGCUGAUGAUGACAGGGCCACAUGAUUCAGUGUGAAGUUCAGAACAAAAAUCGUGCAGCUGUUGGAGUCUUUUUAUAGACAAAUGCAUGACAUAAUGCUUAGUAACGCAUGAGUGAUGGCUAAUAAUCGUAAAAGACUCCCGGAAAGAUCACGCCUGAAGGGAACGCAGUCGCGCAGUCCGAACUGUUCGGAUGUCUCAGUGACGGUGUGAUUAUUAUUAUUAUUUUUUUUUUUAUUACUAUAAUUUUUUUUUUUCUCUUCCUCAAUGGCUUGAAUGAAGAUUUCCAGGAAGGAUCAAAGCUCAGAUUGAGGGUCAUGAAUCUGUGGGGGGUUUUAAACCCAUGCACCACUUUUGAUUGCCAGUGAAACUUUAUAAUAGUGUGGAUUUAUUAUUAUUAUUAUUAUUACUACUACUACUAUAACUACACUAUUUUGUUUCACUCAACACUUUUACCAUUUUUCAUCUUAUAACAUUUAAUAACCACUGAGUUCUUGUUGUUGUUGUGUGUGUUGAUUAUUCAAUGAUGUCCAAGCUAACACCUGAAACAAUAUGGUUAUUCGUAAUGUAUCUAGCUCGCUCACAGACAGUCUGUAAUUAGAACAAGCUCCCCUAAACACCCCACCCCACCCCCAAGCACUUAUUGCCCCUUUUCUCGGGCCGGUAGUUUGCGUCCCGUCUUUAUUUCGUCUCUUCUCGCUUUCAUCUUUUCUGCAGUAGGGUGCAAGUCUUUCUCGCUUUUUUGGCCUGACUAUAGCAAGUGUCUGUAUUUUAUACGUCCUCGUUGGGGGAAAAAAAAAGUGAAAGACAUGAAAUCUUUUUUUUUUAAUAAAAAGAGAUUGAAGCACA